UUUUUUAAAAUAACUUGUGGAAAUGUUAUCAUCAGUGAAAAGGGGGAAAAUCACUAUGCUUGAACUUCUUUUCAUUUUGAUGUUGCUCUUCUCUGGACCAACCCUGAGCAAGCUUAGCAGGACCAAAGGCAAACACUGGAAGGGGGGAUCCCGUCUCCGCCAGGAGGACUUUCCGCCCCGGAUCGUCGAGCACCCUUCAGACGUGAUAGUGUCGAAAGGAGAGCCGACAACUCUGAACUGCAAAGCUGAGGGACGGCCGACCCCCACCAUCGAGUGGUACAAGGAUGGGGAGCGGGUGGAGACGGACAAGGACGACCCUCGCUCCCACCGCAUGCUGCUGCCCAGCGGCUCUUUGUUCUUCCUGCGCAUUGUGCACGGGCGCAGGAGCAAACCCGACGAGGGAAGUUACGUCUGCGUAGCGAGGAACUACCUGGGAGAAGCCGUGAGUCGCAACGCGUCCCUGGAAGUGGCAUUGCUCCGGGAUGACUUCCGCCAGAACCCUACAGAUGUCGUGGUGGCAGCUGGAGAGCCUGCCAUCCUGGAGUGCCAGCCACCUCGAGGACACCCUGAGCCCACCAUCUACUGGAAGAAGGAUAAAGUCCGCAUUGAUGACAGGGAGGAGCGGAUCAGUAUCCGUGGCGGGAAGCUGAUGAUCUCCAACACCAGGAAGAGCGACGCGGGCAUGUACACCUGUGUGGGGACCAACAUGGUGGGGGAGCGGGACAGCGACCCCGCGGAGCUCACUGUCUUCGAGCGGCCCACGUUUCUCAGGCGACCGAUAAACCAAGUGGUGCUGGAGGAGGAGGCCGUGGAUUUCCGGUGCCAGGUGCAGGGGGAUCCCACACCCACAGUCCGGUGGAAGAAAGAUGAUGCAGAUUUACCGAGAGGAAGGUAUGACAUCAAAGACGACUACACUCUGCGCAUCAAGAAAGCCAUGAGCACGGACGAGGGAACCUACACUUGCAUUGCUGAGAACAGAGUCGGAAAAGUGGAAGCCUCUGCCACCCUCACUGUGCGAGCUCGCCCCGUUGCUCCUCCACAGUUUGUGGUGAGACCACGAGACCAGAUUGUAGCCCAAGGUCGAACAGUGACUUUUCCUUGUGAAACUAAAGGAAAUCCCCAGCCAGCUGUUUUCUGGCAAAAAGAGGGAAGUCAGAACCUACUCUUCCCAAACCAGCCUCUCCAGCCCAACAGCAGAUACUCGGUGUCACCGACUGGAGACCUCACCAUUACCAACAUCCAGCGCUCGGAUGCAGGAUACUACAUCUGUCAAGCACUGACGGUUGCUGGAAGCAUUUUAGCAAAGGCUCAGCUGGAGGUUACUGAUGUCUUGACAGAUAGGCCUCCACCCAUCAUCCUCCAGGGACCCAUCAACCAGACGCUGGCAGUGGAUGGCACAGCUCUGCUGAAGUGCAAGGCCACCGGCGACCCCCUCCCUGUCAUCAGCUGGUUGAAAGAAGGAUUCACCUUCCUGGGCCGAGACCCUCGGACGUCCAUACAGGACCAGGGGACGCUUCAGAUCAAAGCGCUGCGGCUGUCCGAUACUGGGACUUACACUUGCGUGGCUACAAGUUCCAGUGGGGAGACCUCUUGGAGUGCUGUGCUGGAGGUGACAGAAUCCGGUGGAGCAACAGUCAGUAAAAAUUAUGAUAUAAAUGACCUCCCUGGGCCACCAUCCAAACCUCAGGUCACUGAUGUUACUAAGAACAGUGUCACCCUGUCCUGGCAGCCAGGGACCCCUGGAAGCCUACCAGCCAGUGCAUAUAUCAUUGAGGCUUUUAGUCAGUCUGUGAGCAACAGUUGGCAGACCGUGGCAAACCACGUGAAGAGCACCCUCUACACUGUGAGGGGCCUGCGCCCCAACACCAUCUACCUGUUCAUGGUGAGAGCCAUCAAUUCCCAGGGCCUGAGUGAUCCCAGCCCCAUGUCAGACCCUGUCAGAACACAAGAUAUCAGCCCACCAGCACAAGGUGUGGAUCACAGGCAAGUCCAGAAAGAACUGGGAGAUGUCAUUGUCCGGCUGCACAAUCCUGUUGUGCUGACACCCACCACAGUCCAAGUCACCUGGACGGUUGACCGCCAGUCCCAGUUUAUUCAGGGCUACAGGGUGAUGUACCGCCAAACAUCUGGCCUGCCUUCUCCAGCUGUGUGGCAGAAUUUGGAGGUCAAAGUCCCCACUGAGCGCAGUGCUGUCCUCGUCAGCUUGAAGAAGGGGGUCACUUAUGAAAUAAAGGUUCGCCCUUAUUUCAAUGAGUUCCAAGGAAUGGACAGUGAAUCCAAAUCUGCUCGUACCACAGAGGAAGCUCCAAGUGCCCCUCCUCAGUCUGUUACUGUCCUGACAGUUGGAAACCACAACAGCACGAGCAUCAGCAUCUCCUGGGAUCCUCCCCCUCCAGAUCACCAAAAUGGAGUCAUCCAGGAGUAUAAGAUCUGGUGCCUAGGUAAUGAGACUCGAUUUCAUAUCAACAAAACAGUAGAUGCAGCCAUUCGGUCUGUAGUAAUAGGUGGCCUAUAUCCAGGUAUUCAGUACCGCGUGGAAGUUGCUGCAAGCACCAGUGCAGGUGUGGGAGUAAAAAGUGAGCCACAGCCCAUAAUAAUUGGAGGCCGUAAUGAAGUUGUCAUCACGGAAAAUAACAACAGCAUAACUGAGCAAAUCACUGAUGUUGUCAAACAGCCUGCCUUUAUAGCUGGCAUCGGUGGGGCAUGUUGGGUGAUUCUGAUGGGUUUCAGCAUCUGGCUCUACUGGCGAAGAAAGAAGAGGAAGGGGCUCAGCAAUUAUGCUGUCACUUUCCAAAGAGGAGAUGGAGGACUAAUGAGCAAUGGAAGUCGACCAGGUCUCUUGAAUGCAAGUGACCCCAGUUAUCCUUGGCUUGCAGACUCCUGGCCUGCCACAAGUCUGCCAGUAAACAACAGCACUAGUGGACCCAAUGAUCUUGGCAAUUUUGGACGUGGAGAUGUGCUGCCACCAGUGCCAGGGCAAGGAGAUAAAACUGCUACUAUGCUUUCUGAUGGAGCCAUUUACAGCAGCAUCGACUUCACCACGAAAACCAGUUACAACAGUUCCAGCCAAAUAACACAAGCUACACCAUAUGCCACCACCCAGAUACUGCAUUCCAACAGCAUCCAUGAGCUGGCUGUCGAUUUACCUGAUCCUCAGUGGAAAAGCUCAAUUCAGCAAAAAAAUGACCUGAUGGGAUUUGGUUACUCUCUCCCAGACCAAGGCAAAGGCAACAAUGGUGGCAAAGGAGGGAAAAAGAAGAAAAACAAAAAUACUGCCAAGCCCCAGAAAAGUAAUGGUUCAAACUGGGCCAGUGUUCCCCUCCCACCCCCUCCUGUGCAGCCACUUCCAGGCACAGAGCUGGAACACUAUGGGGUGGAUCAGCAAGAAGCAGGAUACGACAGUGAUGGUUGGUGUCCGCCUUUGCCAGUUCAGACCUACCUACAUCAGGGCAUGGAGGAUGAGCUUGAAGAAGAUGAUGAUCGUGUUCCCACUCCUCCUGUCCGAGGAGUAGCUUCAUCACCUGCCAUCUCCUUUGGGCAACAGUCGACUGCAACCCUCACGCCUUCCCCACGAGAGGAGAUGCAGCCAAUGCUUCAAGCUCACCUUGAUGAAUUAACAAGGGCUUACCAGUUUGAUAUAGCAAAGCAGACAUGGCACAUCCAAAGCAAUACACAACCUCCUCAGGCUCCCGUUCCGCCCCUAGGAUACGUAUCUGGAAACCUUAUUUCAGAUUUGGAAACAGAUGUUCCAGAUGAGGAUGAUGAUGAAGAUGAUAUUGAGGAAGAAACUGUAGAAAUCAGUAGGCCACUAAGAGGUCUAGAACAUACUCCAGGCUCCAGUAUGGACAAUCUAGACAGCUCUGUGACAGGCAAAGCAUAUUCUUCCUCUCAGAGACCUCGACCGAGCAGUCCCUUUUCUACUGACAGCAACACCAGUGCAGCUGUCAAUCAGGGUCAGAGGCCGAGGCCCACUAAAAAACACAAGGGAGGACGGUUGGACCAGCCCCCUUUGCCUCAUCGUAGGGAGGGAAUCACAGACGAAGAGGCACUCGUACCAUAUAGUAAACCCAACUUCCCAUCCCCUGGUGGCCACAGCUCUUCAGGAACAUCUUCUUCUAAAGGAUCGACUGGACCUAGAAAAGAGUAGUUGAGAAGACACAUUGCAAGCUGCUCUGAUGGACCAUCAGGUCUGAACUCAUGGAAGUGAUGACACUAAACAGUGCAAUGAACAUUUUCUUUAUUUAUGUACUAUUAAAAGAACUGUAAAUGCAAUGUAAAGACACACAGCCACACAUAUCCCACAGAUUCUUUACUUGUGUUCUUCUCUUUAACACACCAUCCACCUUAAACUAUUCCUUGUCAGGAGUAUAUAAAAAAGAAAGAAAAAAAAAAUCACCCUCCAGGAUGAAAAGGAUUUCCUUCUGUAUAUAAUUUCUUUUGUUGCAUUGCUAUGCAAGCUCACCUUCUUUUUAGCUAUGUUCAUAUUCAUGUCUGUUUUUACUGGUCUGUUGUACUAUAUGUGAAUUAAUAGGCUGUGGUGCCAUAUAUUAACUUUUAAUUGUGUAACUUUUAUGUUUAAAGUUUGCACUGCAAUUUUAUUUGGUGAUAAGCACAAAACUCUACUCCUCAUGACAUGAAGAAAAAAAAGAGACUGAAUGUGUGGAGAAGGUUUAUGUCCUGUAAGCUACUUUGGAUAACGCUGGAUGUAAAGGAGUAUGUUAGGUGGUUUUCCAUUGGGGUGUAGAAAUGAGAAAGUGACAGGCAAAACUAAUGUCAGUGAAGACAUUAGAGACAGAUUUAAAUCUUUUAAAAGCAAGCAACAUAGUUGCUCUUCCUAUUUAAGAAGGGGUCAAAAGUUGGAAGUGUGAGGUUAAAGGGCGAAUAUGAAAAUUAGAGGUAGCAUGAGAUGGCCUAGACCCUUUCACUAGAAUGAUGCCCUUAGUAUCUGUUUUUAGCCAUCCCAUGCCACUAAGUAAAGGGGAAGAAAAACAAACCUUGCUACAAACAAAAGAACUUAAGGUGUUUCACUAAAGCUGUUUUUAUAUUGCAGUUUUAAAGGAAUUAUUACCGUUAAUUUCUCCAGCCCAAAAUGUAAGACAGAGAUUUUCCAGGAGAAAAAAACCAAUAUGAACGCAAGGAAUACCCACCAAGAAGUUAAGAAUGCAAUUUAUUGUUAAGACAUAUUCAGGCUGCUUCCAAAAAAUUGAAAUGUCAGAGUAUCUUAUUUCAUCUUUCCAAUACAUGUACAGUAGAAUAGAAGAUAGAGCUGCACCACUGAAAUUCAUGACAUUAAUUGUUUUGAUGCAGUCUACACAACCCUUUCUGUUCUGUUACUUGAAGUCUGCAAGAGUUGAAGUUGGAUCCACUAAAUUUGUAGUAAAGUGUUUAGUGUUUGGAAGGAAAGCAACAGUCAAACUAUUUUCGACUUCCAUUAAAUAUACUUCUGGCAAUACACUACAUCCAAAAGCUGGAUACAAGCAAAGAAAAUCUUUGACCUGUGUUUUAGUGAGUGGCUUCAAACCCUACUAUGAUGAGGAAAUAACACAUGUUUAUACACUUUUUGAAUAAACCAGACUCUGUAAGUGGACAUUAAUGACAA